AUGGCACCUGCGACACCAGCACCAAAUGAGGCCGCAGUGGGAGCGCUGCGAACAAUUCCUGUUGGGCCAGCAACCACGAUGGGAUUUGCACUGGAAGUGGCGGCAGCUUGUGACGCGAGCUUUGCGGCCUUUGCUCUUCGUUUUGAGAGCUUGUUCCUUUCGCGACGAUCGGCCUUGAAAGUCUCCUCUUCACUGCUGGUACGGCGAGCUCGGGGCAUUGAAAGAAUAGAGCCUGUGACUGACGAGGUUACUGGUAAUUGUUUUGUCGUGCAGCUCAACGAUGCAAGAGUCAAAGACAAGUCGUCGGCGAGAGUGAGAACGAAAUCGAGGGCGAAGGCCAAGUAUAUGGGAAGAUUCAUCGGGCAAGCUAGGCCUCAGCUGACCAAGGGGUCGAAAUGCAAAAUGCCCGUAUCUACCAGACCGGGCCAGUCGAGGAAUGGACUGACUGCGCAUUCAGCAAGAUGA